AUGCGCGUCGCGCGCGUCGCGCGCGCGCGCGGCGUCCUCGACCGCGUCGCGCGCGCGUCGCGAUGCGCGCGCGCGCGCGACGCGUCGGCGUCGGCGCGUUCGAGCGCGUCGACCGACGCGCGUCUCGAGCGGGCGCCGGCGGCGUCGCCGGCGUCGCCGCGCUUCCGGUUCGAGGUCCUGCGCGCGUCGACGCGCUCGAACGCGCGGGCGGGGAUGAUUCACACGCCGCGCGGGACGAUCGCGACGCCGGGGUACGUCGCGGUCGGGACGAACGCGGCGAUGAAGGCGGUGCGGGGCGACGCGCUGCGGCGCGCCGGGAUCGAUUUGAUGUUCGCGAACACGUAUCACCUGAUGCUGCAGCCGGGCGCGGCGACGGUGGAGGCGAUGGGAGGGAUACACGCGUUCAUGGGACGCCGAGGGCCGGUGAUCACGGACAGCGGUGGGUUUCAGGUGUUUUCGCUCGGGACGCCGGACCGCUCGGCGAACGCGAAGGGGAAGACGAAGGAGUUGAAGAGCAGAAAGGCGACGAAGCAUCGACGGGAGAAUUUAUUGAUCGACGUGAGCGAAGAGGGGGCGACGUUUCGGUCGUACAGGGACGGGACGAAGAUGACGCUCACGCCGGAGUCGAGCGUGUUGAGUCAGAAACAAAUCGGGGCGGACAUCAUCAUUCCGCUCGACGAGUUGCCGCCGUACGACAUCGAUCGCGAGACGUUGGAGGAGAGCGUGCAUCGGUCGCAUCGAUGGAUGACGAGGAGUUUGGAGACGCACUUGAAGGACGUGCGUCAACAGGCGAUGUACGGCGUCGUGCACGGAGGCGUGGAUCGCGAGCUACGACGGAUGUCGGUCGAGUACCUGAGCGCCCUGCCGUUCGACGGGCUCGCGAUUGGCGGUUCUCUCGGCCGCGACGCCGCCGAACUCGGCGCUUUGCUCGAGUUUUUGAUGCCUCUCCUUCCGAAACACUUGCCGAAUCACCUCCUGGGGAUCGCUGACAUGGAAAACAUCGAGCACGCGGUGGCGAACGGCGUCGACACGUUCGACAGUUGCUACCCGACUCAAGUGGCGAGACACGGCACGCUAUUCACGCGCUCUCGCGGACGCAUAAACUUCCGUCGCGCCGAAUUCCGAACCAGCACCGAACCCGCGUGCGAAGAGUGCGAGUGCACGCUCUGCACCAAGCACACCUUGGGCUAUCUUCAUCACCUCGAUCGCGCCAACGAACCGCUCGCUUGGUCCUUGGCGAGCGAGCACAACCUGUAUCACAUGGGCGAUAAGAUGCGUCGCGUUCGCGAGGGCAUCCUGAACGGCGAGAUUUGA